AGUUAACAUCUGACAUGACUGAUGAUCGUUUUAAUGCAGCAUUCAAAGUUACGCAGUAUUUAGGAGGAGGGGCGUUUGGUCGUGUUUUUAAAGCUAAAGUUAAAGAGACUAAAGAGGAAGUGGUGAUCAAAUUUUUAAAGCGCGAGACUGCAGAACUGCCUGAUGAAGUCAAAUUCAUGCGGCAACUUUCUCAUCAAAAUAUUGUCGAGGUAGGUAACAUAUUAACUUUGUUACGUGGGCUUCCCAAAUGCUGCAGAGACAUUUCAUCUUAAGCAAACAAACUGACCAACUUGUUUAAAGUUGACGAUGGCUUUAUGCUAGAUGCUUAAUCUAAUAUUAGAAAAACUGCUUCUUCUUGAAAUGAAAAAAGGAGCUAAAGGAAAACAGUGAUGACAUAGACAUAGAAUAAGACAGAUACAUAAAUGUCUCUUCUUUAUUCUCUAAACGUGAAGCGAAAAAAUUUUCAGAUGCAAUCAGGAAUAUUUCUGCAAUUCAUCGAGUCUUUUUACCUUUUUUAUCCUAUAACGUAUUUAGAAUAAGUUAUUUGUUUAGUAUCGAUGCGUCUCUGCUAACAUGAAAUAUGUUCAGAUUGUCAUGAGCUGUCAUGGACAAAAGUCAACAUCGUUUGAAACUUACAGAUCAUGUUUGUCCUCGUUCAGUGAAACAAUGUUGACAUUCUUUGCUCGACAGGUUUGUUUGUUUGCUUUUUGACUUUUUUGUUUCUUUUAUUGUUUUUUUUUUGUUUUGUUUGUUGUUUUUAGCGAGCAUUGCCACUUAUUUUAUCACUUAUAGAACUUAUCAAACAAUCUUAAUUUAAUAUAUAUAAAAUUGGAAUUCUUGUUUACAGAUGUUAGCUGGGAUCAACUACAUGCACCAUGAAGGGGUCGCGCAUAUGGAUUUGAAGGAAGCUAACAUUAUUAUCAAUGAACAACUUCAAGUCAAGAUAAUCGAUUUCGGCUUAUCCAUCCAAGCUUUAAGGCCUGGCUUCCAUCGUCCCAGAUAUGACGCUUUCGGCACGUCAUUGUACAUGUCUCCCGAGUUGCAUUUUCGACGUGGAUAUUACGGAAGAGAAGCGGAUAUGUGGGCGUUUGGUGUUUUGUUAUACCGUUCGUUUACAGGCUCGUUUCCAUUCAAGCUAAACGGAAAAGGUCGGUUGAUUCCACCAAAUCGAUUUCGAUGCCGUCCAAUUGGAAGACCAUGCAGCUACAGUAAGUGA